UGUCAGCUCGGUUAUCAAAAAGUCGUGAUAAAGAUUUCUAUCAGUUGAAAGUGAAAUAACUCUAAAUUAAAAACAUCGAUCGCGGGCGGCGGCUGUUCUUCGCAGAGCAACGUCCAAGGACACUCGGCUGAUUACAGAGCUUAAGACAACGGCGUCAGUAAGUCAAGAUGGCGAGCAGUUCGUGGGAGGAGUUCUUCGCUGUCCACCUGCCUCCACCGGACUUUGAGGACAACAGGUCACUGCUGAAGGAGUUCUGCGAACGACAUGACCAGUACGGGAACAAGAUUGUACUUGUUACGUCGGGAGGCACGACAGUCCCGCUGGAGCACAACACGGUUCGCUUCGUGGACAACUUCAGCGCUGGUACUCGAGGCGCCUCCUCCACGGAGUACUUCCUGGAGCAAGGGUACGCGGUCAUCUUCAUGCACCGCCAGAAGUCGCUGGAACCCUUCACCCGACACUUCACUGGCCAGAAGCUACUUGAUAUGCUUGAAAUCCAAGAUCGAGGACCUAAUACUACUAUUUCGGUGAAACCAGACAGCGUAGACGUCUUAGCUCCGAUCCUCCUUCGCUACAAAGCUGCACACGCGGCGGGCGCCAUCUUGCACGUGUCAUUCACCUCGGUGUCUGAGUACUUCUGGUUACUGCGCGCCGCCUGCGAGUGCCUCGCCAACCUGGGCGCCAGGGCCGUACUGUACCUGGCUGCGGCCGUCUCUGACUUCUAUAUACCCAAGGAUAGAGUGCCCACCCACAAAAUGCAAUCAGCGUGUGGAGCUCCUAUCAUCCAGUUGCACUUAGUCCCGAAGAUGUUGGCCCCGCUGGUCAACUUGUGGGUCCCGGAAGCCUACGUCGUGUCUUUCAAGCUGGAGACUGAUGAGAACCUGUUGAUUCCUAAAGCAAGGGCUGCUUUGGAGAAGUAUAAGCAUAAGAUGGUGGUAGCCAACCUCCUGCAGACUCGUCAUCACCGGGUGAUCCUGGUGUCUCCCGAUAUCUCGCAGGAGAUCGUGCUCACCAGGGAGGAAGUCCAUGCUGGCGUGGACAUCGAGUCGUCGAUAGUAUGCGAGAUAGUCCGCCUGCACGGGCUGCACAUGCGAGUGGCGGGCGAGCCGGUGUCGCCGCCGCGCUCGCCGCGCUGAUCCGUGCGCGCGCGGCCACGACUCUACCUCACCAACGAGUAGCCGCGCCACCGCCACUUCCAAAACAGUGACUAAAUAAUGACUUCUAUGUGCUGUUUACCCCCUACAACUAUGACGUAAGUGACAUAAAUCGAACUUAAACGUGUUAAUCUAACUUAAACCUUCUGUGUGUGUUUUUAAGUGUUUUUCGUGGACUGUACUUGAUUCUGAGCUGAUUUUCUUUCGUAUUGUUGUUGUAACACCUGUAUACUGUCACAAUUUAGUGUUACUAGUAUGUUACUUAAAUUACUGUGUACUAAAAUAUGUGAGAAAAUCCGCUUAGUAUUUCUGCAAGCAUACAGGAUGUAGUGAUGUCGUGUAUCAAAGUAUCUUAUAUCGAUAAAUCUAUGAACGCUACUGUAAGUACUAAAAGUCGAUGGACAUAUUUAAUCGAGUCUUUAUAAAAUAUUAUAGCGAAUAUUUUUUAUUCUGGUGUUUGUUGUAAGUAUCUUUGUGACACUAGUGUUGUAAUAUCGACUUGCAAAACUAUCGAUUGUUUCUUAAUCGAUAUAAAAACUUCUCGAAUAGGUAAUCGAUCGCUGCUAUUAUGUUAUUGAUUGAUGAUAUUAGUAUCUUUUAUCUUAUUAUAACUAUACUAUCUUUUUGCAUAGGGAAGGGAUUCUUCACGUUUUAUCGAUAAUUUAUUUCAUAUUGACACAAUACUUUUUUAUUAGUAUUUGUUAAGUAAUCAAUUGAAUCAUCAAUAUUUAUCUAGUAGUCGUAUUCGAUGUUUUACUGUAAACACGUGUUGAGAUAAAAAAAAAACACGUUGCCUUAAGAAAAAAAUAUGGUCAAUAUGAAAAACAAAAGCGUCAGAAACACAAAUCGAUGUUUUAAAAAAACUAAUAUGUCUGACGUACAUGGUUCAUUGACACCAAACAUAUCGGUUGUGGGUCAUAUCACACGAUACGAUAGCACAGCCCUUGGCCGUUUUAAGGUCGAUCCCAAACCCGAUACCCCCCAAUAUCGGCACCUAAAAAUACAAUGAUGAAACUCCACGAAAUAUUGACAUUACUGUAAAUGUUACAAGACUAAAAAUAUUUUAAUGUUAUCGUUGUGUUGCCAGUCUAAAUUAUUAUUUGUUGAUAUAUAAAAAAGAUUUAUAUCAGUUGCGUCUUUUGGCUAUUUAUAAAUUGUAUUUAAAUAUUAAAUGUUUCAACUAUAUGUGCCCCAGUAUGUUCUGACUAGAUUUUAUAUGUCUGUAUUGUAUAACUAUGAAACUUAAUGUCUAAGUGUAUCAUAGUUUUAGACUGUAAAUAGGUAUAAUAUUCAAAAUAUAUCUAUCAUGAACUUCCAAUAGGAUUUUAAAUGUUUACUCUAUAAAAACUAUAUCAUAAUUGUACUAUUUAUUAUUGAAUUUUGUCAUGAGGUAACACUGGUUUAUAUCAAAAACGAUAGUAGAAAGAAGGUUUUAUAUCGUAUUUGGUAUAAAGAGUUUAAUUGUUAGUUAAAUGGUUUUUGAUGUGUAGACAUAAUUAUAUUAGUUGUUAAUGGGUUAUAUAAGAUUUAUAAUUAAUGUUAUACCUAUGUAUUCUUUAUAUCAAUGUUUUAUAGGGCCUUAGGUGCAGGUGAAUUAACAUUGAAAUUAAAAACGAAAUAAUUAGAAGUCAACUUCACAGGAUUUUAGAGAGAGAACAGUUUUUCGAAAUCGCUAAAAACGUUUGAAAUGAGUUAAAACAUAGUGUGGUGUUAAUGGGAAUUAAGUGUCCCCCUAUUUUAUGGGACUCAUAACAUGGGUUAUUAGUGGGUGUUACAUUGUGUAGCUCUAUCUCUGCCCAUGUCUUCGGGGAUGAAAAGGCGUGGCGUUAUAUUAUUAUACACCUGCAUCUUAUAUUUAUUCAAAAGUAUCAAUUUUAUUGAUAUUGCUAUUUAUAUUAUUAUUAACAAAUAUAUCUCUUUAUUUACAAUUCUUUUACAUACGACGUGGUUAUUGUAUAUUAGUUCUUAUUACAAGUAGGUAAGGUUUAAAUGAUUAUAUUUAUGUACUGUAAAGUUAUACGGGAUGUUCCAAAACUCAACGAUAAGAGAUAUGGUGAUAGACUCUGAUAAAGAAGUGAAUAUAUAUCACUUUUUUUUCGUUGAUUUUUGGUACACACUGUAUAUGUUUUUUUUAUUUGUAUAUUAAUGGUUAAAUGUUGUCUCGUGUUAGGCUUAGGCUUUUGUUUCUACUUCUAACUAGAUUAACUCCUCAGGACCACAACUUUGUAAGACGGAUAUAAGAUAGCAUUUUGAUUAAAAGAAAAUCUUACGACUCAUAUUUAAAUACAUAGAUUAAUUACUGUAAAUUGGAAAACACAAGCCUUAUUUUUAAAUGCCUUAUUUGAAAUUUUUGUAUAAUAAACUUUUUUCAGACAUAGUAAGUUAAUAGACUUUAUAUGGCUUGUACGUUUGCUAUUUUCGAGCCCGACUACUUUCGCGCUGCACCGGGGGUCUUUAAUUUAGGCUAAAACGGAUUCUCGAAAUAGUAUAUGUAAGUCGUAUAAACUUUAUUCAAAUCUUCAAAAGUCAUUGGUACUAUUUUUAAGCAUUUCUAGUAGUUAUUAAAUAUUUUGAUGUUCUGUUAUUACAAAUUGAAUAUUUUACACUGAGUCCCUGUUCCACCACUUCUGAUUUAGUUACAAUUAGUAUAACUGACAGAUUAUUUCACGUAUUUUUCACUCAUUACGAAAUGCAUCGAACUAUUUGUCAGUUACUCUAAGAGAAACUUCUGUAGUCGUGAAAAAGACCUUUACAGUAUUGUUUUAACGAUAUUAAAAAGUUUUACAUAUCAAAAGCACACAAUGGUCCAUCAGUGGACAGUUUUUAGUUUUGUUUUUAACAGUUGUUACUUGUCUUGUGUAUAACUAUGGGCCCAAGCGUGGUUUGAAACUAGUCGAGUCACCUCGAACAGUUACGGGAAUGAACCGUACAACAAAACUAACUUUCAAAUUGUUAUUAGUAGUUUAUUUGUUCCUCGUGUUAGUCAUUGUGCUUAUAAUUUUAACACAAUUAAUUUUGUUGAUAAGCUUCCUAGAUAACUUGGUGCCGGUUUUAUCUAGUUUCAAGUUAGUACUAGUGAACUAUUAUUGUUCUUUGAGUUUUGUUAUCUCUUAGAAACACUUCGGUUUUCUAUGAUUCUGUUAGACAGAGAAACGUUUUUAUACGAUAUGUUAUUAUAACGUCAUCACUUUCUUAGGAAACUUCUUAUAAGAUCUGUCAUCAAAAGAUGUUUUGCAUUUUUUGUAUUAUAAGAUGGAAAUACAUUUAUAUUGAUUUAGCAUUUAAAAAAUAGUGACACGCAAAUCAAGAUAGUGAUAAAAACAGCUACUCUGAAAACUUAGCUUAACUUAGAUGAGACAAAAAAGGGCUACAGAUAACAUCGUCGUUUUUAAAGUUUAUUUCACAAAAAUAAUUCUUCCAUAAACUACGUUUAAAAAACCGACUUCAACCCCCCUCUAUUUUUAAAACCGGCUAAUGAAUAUAGGUACUAAAACCUUCUGCUGAGUGUAACGAACACUUUUCUGAAAACGGCAUCAAAAUCGGUUCAGCGAAUCGCAAGAUAAUCGCUCUGAAACAUACAUACUUACAGGCCAACAUGAGAACAUCUUCUUUUGAAGUCGGUUAAAAAGACGAAGUUGGGGCCAAAACAUAUAACGACGUUCCGGCGCCACGCCGCUAGAAUCGACAUUAGCGUCACUGCCGAUUUAAGCGGCGCGGCGCCGCAACGCAACGCUCGUACCAGCAUAGCAGUAAUGUCUUCUUAAUAACAAAUAAGCAAUAAGUUUUUCACGAUGGUUCAUGGCAGAGACACGUGAUUUUUUGUUGUGGAUAGAUCCACAAUAAAAAAUCACGACGAACUGGUUACCCUACCAAACAACAAUAAAACGACGUUUUUCACGACGCCGCAACGCAAACUGCCUAUUGUAGCGUUGCGGCGACGCAACGCGAUUAUGUGUUUCGGCCCUUAUACGGUAGGAAGCUACGAAUAGAGUGGAUAACAUUAAUUGUGUUAAAAUUGUAUAUAGACAAUCAAACCUCUGUUGCAUCAGGUGCUCCAUGUAGAAACUAUUCCUAAGGGCUCGUACACAAAACUGCCAUGCGAUGCGCAGCAAAUUACGACACGAAUUGCUGCGAUGCGAUUUCGUGCGACUAGGCGUCUCCUAUGGUGACCAUUCGUUUGUCGACCGUCAACCGUACUAAACGUAUUUUAAAUUGAAAACUAGGUCGUGAUAUAGAUCGUAAUAAGAAGUAUGCACUUCUGUUAUUACUUAGGAGAUAAAGGAAAAAGAAACAAAAAAGAUUUUGGGAAAAUAAGAUUUU